AUGAGGAUAUCGAAAACCCAAAAUAAUGGUGAAAGCCUGACAAUUAACGGCACUGCUUUAGAACAAGUUGAAAACUACCACUAUCUUGGCACAAUAAUUAAUCACACAAACAAUUACUCCAAAGAAAUCAAAGUUCGGAUAGAGAAAGCACGUACAAUAAAAUGAGAAAGGUACUUUGUGCAAGAGAACUAACAUUGGACUUGAGAGUUAGGCUGGCAAGGUGUUAUAUUUUCUCGACUCUGCUUUAUGGGAUGGAAGCAUGGACACUUAACGCGUCGACUGCUAAAAAAUUGGAAGCAUUUGAAAUGAGGGUAUAUAGACGAAUCAUGAAGAUAUCAUGCAACGAGCACGUGACAAACAACGAAGUCAUGAAAAGAAUCAACAAAAGAAUGGAAGUAUUGGAAAUCAUCAAGACACGAAAGCUGCAAUACCUGGGGCAUGUUAUGCGUAAUAAGAGAUACAACUUACUUCAAUUGAUUAUACAAGAGAAAAUCCAGGGCAAGAGAAAAGAAAAAGAAGAGAAGUGUAGGAAGAAGAAGAAUCUCAUGGUUGCGUAA